UCUCCAGGUUUCAUUAGCAAGACAACAUUUAAUCCUACAUUCGCAAACAUGUUUCCACUUUUCACUUUGUAGACACUUCAAACCCCUCUGAUUAAACCGCUCACUAAUUAUAAAGGCAGUCCCAGUGGAGCAAGACAUGCAAACAUUAUGCGGUGGAUAUGACAUCCCAAAUGGGAUUAGUUGCUGUAAAUAAACGUGAUUAAGGUAGUUCAGCAGCCAGUUAUGUGCAGUUUCCCGUUUCUGUACCGAAAGUGCCCUUAUGGAUGAUGUUCGUCACGUCAGCAGCAUCAGGCAGCAAAUCAGACGCUACAUCGAGCUCAACACACAACUCCUUUUCAGCGAGGCUCAUCUUUCCAGAUGUCCUGCGUAUCAGGAAUGAAUGAGAGCGUUAACAUCAUAUGAAGCACAUUUUGAUCGGACAAUGAAGCAGUGAAGUGCACACUAGUGAACUGGAGACAUAUUGGCAAUGUAGGAGCAUCAUUCGUGUAGAGCGCGUUUGAGGAGCUGUCAACUAGUGGAAUGCUUUUUUAAAGAGAAAUUAAAGGCAAACCCCUGGAGAUACUCAGAUAAAGUCUGUGAUGGAUUUCAGCGUGACCCGCACUGACAAUUCCAGUGAUGAGUUUAAUUCAUCUCAACAUUUAAAUGCAGACACUGACGAACAGUAUCACAAUGUUCUCAUGCCUAGCGUUUAUGGCGUCAUCUGCUUCGUCGGCAUUAUAGGCAACUGCAUUGUCAUCUACACCAUCGUCAAAAAGACAAAGUUCAGGGCGCAACAGACGGUGCCUGACAUCUUCAUCUUCAGUCUUUCAAUUGCAGACCUUCUGUUUCUCCUAGGCAUGCCGUUCCUCAUUCACCAGCUGGUGGGAAACGGUUCCUGGUGUUUCGGUGCCACCAUGUGCACCGUUAUCACAGCGAUGGACUCCAACAGCCAGAUUGUGAGCACCUACAUUUUAACAGUCAUGACUUUGGAUCGAUACUUGGCAACAGUUCAUCCCAUCCGCUUCAACCACAUUCGCACUCCAUGCGUGGCCGUGGCGGUCGUCGGCCUGGUGUGGAUCCUCUCGCUGCUGUCCAUCACGCCGGUGUGGAUGUACGCCGGCCUUAUGCCCCUGCGAGACGGUUCAGUGGGAUGCGCUCUGCUCCUCCCCAAUCCGGCUACAGACACCUACUGGUUUACUCUCUACCAGUUCGUGCUGGCGUUCGCUUUGCCUUUGGUGAUCAUUUGCGUGGUGUUUUUCAAGAUCCUCCAGAACAUGGCAGCCACGGUCGCCCCACUUCCCCAGCACAGCCUUCGCGUGCGCACCAGAAAGGUCACUCGGAUGGCAGUCGCCAUAUGCCUGGCAUUCUUUAUUUGUUGGGCACCUCAUUACAUCUUGCAACUGGCACAUCUGAGCGUGCAGCGGCCCAGUUACGCCUUCCUCUACGCCUAUAACAUCGCCAUCAGCAUGGGCUACGCCAACAGUUGCAUUAACCCGCUUCUCUACAUCAUGCUCAGUGAGACCUUCAAAAGACAAUUCAUCGUAGCCAUCCGGCCAGUGCACAAAGACUUCCGGGCUGAUCCGGGAACGGCCGAAGGGAGCGUCAGUCUACGUUUGGCCCCUGACGGAGCGCAGCAGUCCCAGUCCUCCCGGGAGCUGUUGCCGGUUACCGUGGCUGUACAUUGAAACUAUUAUCUCACCAGGAAACCCUGGGAAACUGCACUGAGUCAUGCUGAAGACAUUUUUGUGUGUGUCUAUAAUGAGCAUGCAGCUGAAAAGAAGUCUAUAAAGUGUUUCUGUGCAGGGAAAGAGAUAUGAUAUACUGUAUAUACACAACUCAUUUAUAGCAACACUUUUACAUCACAGUAAUUUACUGCCUUGCAGUGGCUUUUACAAUCAUUUGUUUUCUGUAAAAUAGGGCUUUAUAGGGUUGGUAUGAUAUGCAGUGGAGGUCAAAAUUAGAGGAUAACCGUCAAUUUUCUAAAUUUCAAGGUCAAUGCUUAGUCCUAUUUGAAGUUAUCCUAACAGGAGUUUUAAACAUAUUUCAUAAGUUAUAUAUAUUCUGAUAUACAGUAUAAAAAACUUAGGAUUAGUUCACCCAAAAAUGAAAAUUCUGUCAUUAAUUACUCACCCUCAUGUCGUUCCAAACCUGUAAGACUUAAUAAAGAAAAAGAUAAAUGGAGAUCUUUUUAAUGAAAUCUGAGAGCUUUCUGUCCCUCCAUUGACAGCCUACGCAACUACCACUUUCAAGCUCCAGAAAGGUAGUAAAGACAUCAUUAAAGUAAUCCAUGUGACUCCAGUGGUUUAACCUCACUUUUAUUUUUUGUUUUUGCAAAAAAACAUAAUUUACCACUUUAUUUACAAAAUAUUCAUCUCCAACGCGCGUUCGAGAGCACCACAAUGACCAGGGGUGCACAUAACUUUUUUGGUCUGGUUCUCAAGGGAGCACCUGGAGAUGUUGCUUGGUACUCACACUUUACGUGACACACUUAUCCUAAAAGCUGUCCUCAUCACAUGCUCUCCUCACUAUCUUCUUUUCUCUCGAACAUGGUAGAUGAUGAUAAUAAUGAUUUAUUUGUUUUUUUGUUUUUUUUACUAUCAUUAAUGACACAGACAACAGCAAGAAUAUUAGGCUGCUGUCACUUUAAGAAGGAAAGCGCGGACUGAAUAACUGACACACAUCCGGUUUCUUUCUCAACUGUUCACUUAUGACAUAACCGAGAGAAUACUUGCCGAGACAGGUAUUUUGACAUAAUUUUGUGUGUAUGUGUCCGUUUAUGCGCAAGUAAACGCGAAAGAGGAAUUAAUUCGGUGUUCGAGCGCUGUCUGACUCUCUCUCUCUGCGUGUGCGUGCGUUUCAGGGGUGUGAGUCUGUGUGCACAGAUAACAGCUCGCGAGUCCCGAUUUUCGCCUCUUCUUCUGCUUUUAAAAUAGUUUGAAUGUGUUAAUUGGUGAGACAAAACACGUCCAAAUGAUAAACUUUCACUCUAUGAUGGUUAAAUUUAGCAGUUAAUCCGCGAAUCACCGAACCGUUGCACGUUAUUCAUACGGAUCACGGAUUAACUGCGAUCCGUUGCACACCUAAUAAUUAAAUAACACACUUAUCAUCAUGAUUGCUAUCUUACCAGAGAUAGAGAAAAAUCCUACUCUAGUACAAACAAAGCACUCGUGUCGCUUCAUAAAAUUGAGGUUACACCACUGGAGUACUUUAAUCAUGUCUUUACUACCUUUCUGGGGCUUGAAAGUAGUAGUUGCGGAGGAUGUUAAUGGAGGGACAGAAACCUCUCCGAUUUCACUAUUAAGAUCUUCAUUUAUUCAUUCUUCAUUCUUAGAGGUUUGGAACGCCAUGUGGGUGAGUAAUUAAUGACAGAAUUUUCAUUUUUGUGUGAACUAACCUUUUAAAUGAGACAUUUGGAAAAAAUAAAUCAAAAUCAGAGAACACUUUCAGAUGCCUCCCAGUUAUUGUUAUUAAUCUGGCACAUGGUGCUAAUCUCCUUAAUUAUCUGACAAACCCUAUUUAACUCGCAGCAUUCCUGUUAGGAUAACUUUCCAAUUUUCUCUGACUUUGCAAGAUGGCGAGCCGCUCUAAGGUGACUGAAACCCUGCAACAGCAGGGUAUGAAGGCCUAACGGAUGACUCAUUGCAAGAGAAGUUGGUCGUUCCAAAUCUGUGAUUUCUAGAAGCAGCUUUAUAAUGACACUAAUUCAUUCAAGCCCACGUAAGACAAAUGCAUGAGAGGACAGGAUAAUGCAAAGACUCUUAAUUUGGAAUCGGUUCAACACUGCAACUGGAAUUGCUCGCCAGUACAGCUCUGAACAGGGUAAGGAUUUGUCUUGACAUACAGUGCCUUGCUGUAUGAGAUAAUUCGGACUGAAAGCCCACUCUGCAGUGUCCAAAAUGCAUGGCUAACCUUUUCUGAUGAGCAUGUUGCGUGGACAGAGGAGAACUGGUCUAAAGUUUAAUUUAUUUGAGUCAGAUGGGAAACAUUAUGUUCGGCGUCAAACUGGGGAAAGACUGAGUGCGUAAAGAAGUCAUUUAAACUUGGAGAAUGGUUUGAGUGAUGUUUUCUGAAGCAAGAGUUGGGCCUUUUAUACAUGGCAGAGUGAAUUCAUAUGUUUAUCAGAACCUCCUUCUGCAACAUGCAGUUCCUUCCCUGCGAGAAUCUCUCAGCCCGCAAUUUUUAUGCAAGAAAAUGCUCCCUGUCACACUGCAAAACGAUAAAGCAGUUUCUUGAAGCUAAGAACAUUGAAGUAAUGAAUUGGCCAGUCCAGACUGGCCAAACCCAAUUGAAAAUCUCUGGAAAAUCCUUGGUGACAAAUUAUGGCUAAGAAACCCGUACUGUGGAAGAGACUGGAAGAAGAGUGGACCAAGAUCACACCAGAGCAGUGUGAGAAACUAGCGAUGUCCUGCGGCUGCAGAUGUGCUGAAGUCAUUCAAAGCAAGGGCUUCUACACUUCCUACUAAUUUUUGACAUUUAUAUAUAUUGUUUUUGAAAAUCAUUUUUGCUCACCAAGUUUGCAUUCAUUUGAUGAAAAAUACAGGGGGAUAAAAUUGUAAUAUUAAAAGCAACUGUUUCUAUUUUAAUAUAUUUUGAAAUGUAAUUUAUUCCUGUGAUGGCAAAGCUGUUUUAGUACAUUAAGUUAAACUAAAUAAGUGAUAUUAACUUUUUUUUUUCAAGUGACAUUUUUUUUUUAUGGUUUUAGUUAACUAUAAUAACCCUGAUGUCAGUUUCUGCAUGUUACCCAUUUCCUCCUUACUAAGUCCAUAUAAAUGUCACAUUUUCUACCUCACAAGAGACUUGCUUGUUUUACAUUAUUUAUAAAAUCAUUUUGCAUUUUAAAGUCAUUGAAAAUAGUUCUUAUGAGCUAUUCUUAAUCAUGUUAUAACUAGAUUAGUGCUUUUUGUUGGAAACACAACUCUUGUUUUUGAUGUCAGUGUAAAUGUGUAAGUGCUGGUACUUGUUUUUGAUAAUAUGUGUUUUAUGUUGUCUUCUUUAAUAGUAUUGGUGUAUUAAAUCUUUAAAUAAUCUGUACAUAUAAAUAGCACCACAAAAUGUCCUUUAUUGUCACUAAGUAGGCUACUGGUAUGAACAUAUAGUAGGCCAUAGCAAAUUGUGUGUGUGUCUGUACAGAACAACACAACUAUAGGAUAUAUAGCCUUCACAAUACCAGCCAUUGUUCUUCUGAAAAGAGAGGUAAUUUGGAUGUAAAACAGUUUCCCCACAUUUUUAUGAGCAUUUUAUUUUUAUUGAAACCAGGUAUAAAAAUAUUUGCAUAAAAGAAAUUUGAAGUGCUCCAUUUCCUCUCAUGAUUGCAGUGGAAAAAUG